ACUUGGUGCGGUCCGUUUCUCUGGUUCGGAGCUGGCGCUGUGAUAAGCUCAUGUGUGCGCACGGUGGGACACACACGGUCUGAACGGGCUUUUUCUACAGCUGAAAUAUUAUGGCGGACGUCGAGGAGGGAGACGAGACGCGUUCUGCUGUCCCUGCGGCACUGCGCUGCUCCUCUCGGUACGGCGGCACUGCGGGCCCGCGCCUCGUCCGCAUCGUCAAGUCCGACUCCGGCUACGGCUUCAACGUCCGCGGCCAGGUGAGCGAGGGCGGCCAGCUGCGGAGCAUCAACGGCGAGCUGUACGCUCCGCUCCAGCAUGUCAGCGCUGUGCUACCAGGCGGAGCUGCCGACCGAGCCGGUAUCAACAAGGGCGAUCGGAUCCUCGAAGUGAAUGGUGUGAACGUGGAAGGAGCCACUCAUAAACAGGUGGUGGAUCUGAUCCGAGCUGGUGAAAGGGAACUGGUCCUCGCUGUCCUUUCUGUCCCCCAGCCAGAGACAGACAGCCUGGACCCAGGAGACGACGGCUCGGCUCAGUCCUGCUACGACUACAGCGACAAGCAGGCCGUGCCCAUCUCGGUGCCCACCUACAAACACGUGGAGCAGAACGGCGAGAAGUUUGUGGUAUUUAACGUGUACAUGGCUGGUAGGCAGCUGUGCUCCAAGCGCUACAGGGAGUUCGCUAUUCUGCAUCAGAACCUGAAGAGAGAGUUUGCCACGUUCACGUUCCCCAAGCUGCCCGGAAAAUGGCCUUUCACUCUGUCUGAGCAGCAGCUAGAUGCCCGCAGGAGGGGUCUUGAGGAAUACCUAGAGAGAAUAUGUUCUGUGCGAGUGAUUGGGGAGAGUGACGUCAUGCAGGAGUUCUUGUCUGAAUCAGAUGAGAACUAUAAUGGAGUCUCGGAUGUGGAAUUGAGAAUAGCCAUGCCAGACAAAACCACAGUGACCGUCCGGGUUCGAAAGAAUUGCACAACAGAUCAGGUUUACCAGGCUGUGGUGAUGAAGCUCGGGAUGGACAGUAUUACCGCCAGUUACUUUGCUCUCUUUGAAGUCAUCAACCACUCCUUCGUGCGCAAGCUGGCUCCGAACGAGUUCCCGCAUAAGUUGUACGUGCAGAACUACACGUCGGCCGUGCCCGGUACCUGCCUGACCUUGCGCAAGUGGCUCUUCACAACUGAGGAGGAGUUCCUGCUUAACGACAACGAACUCGCCAUCAACUAUUGCUUUCACCAGGCUCUAGAUGAUGUCAAGAGGGGCGUCAUUAAAGCUGAGGACAAAUCAUACCAGCUCCAGAAACUGUCUGAACAGAGGAAGAUUUCUAUGUAUCUGAGUAUGGUGAGGACAUGCGAGGGCUACAAUGAGAUCAUCUUCCCUCACUGCGCUUGUGACUCACGCCGGAAAGGCCAGGUCAUCACAGCCAUCAGCAUCCACCACUUCAAACUACACGCUUGCACAGAGGAAGGCACCUUAGAGAAUCAGGUGAUCGCGUUCGAUUGGGCCGAGAUGCAGAGAUGGGACACAGACGAGGAGGGUAUGGCUUUCUGCUUUGAGUAUGCGCGAGGCGAGAAGAAGCCACGCUGGGUCAAGAUCUUUACUCCAUAUUUUAACUACAUGCACGAGUGCUUCGAGCGAGUCUUCUGUGAACUUAAAUGGAGAAAAGAGGUUGAAGAGGAGGUGAUGGAUAAGGACAAUAAGAACUGCAGUAAAGAUGGUAUGUGUAGUAAGAAUAUCUUCCAGCUGUUGAGACACAGAAGGGAUGGAGGAACCUGAGACAGGAGAUCGUCACCCCCUGAACACACAACCACACCCAAACACACACACCUACUCAUACGUACACGCUCGUGCACUCAUAACAGGACCUAAAGCGGUUCGAACAGAACAGAAUGGAGUUGCUGUGUAUCGCAAAAUUCUACACAGACACACACACACACACAUACACACGUCAUCCUUUUUCUGACUUACAAAACAAUAAUAGAAAUUAAAAAGGAGAACAAAGUCCUUCAAAUCCCAUCAGCUCUUCACUCGAGUUCGAACUCAUACCAAUCAUUGUAUUGAACGCAGAAUGUUUCUACAGUCACAUUUUGCUUGACAAGGCUCUGAUUAACACUCCAGGAAGGAAGCGACCCAACGACUGUCCUGUAAAACGGUCACUCCUGGCUCCGGCACUGUGAUCGGUCCUGGUGACUUGCAUGUAAAGGAAGGCCAGCAGCAUUUCUACAUUGCUCGGUUUUACCACUACCUGAAGAUUUGACCCCCCACGAGUGUCAAUUCUUUCAUCCUGACACUAACACACUGACAUGUGCAUCAUCUGACAUGAGGCCAGACGUUCCCUCAGAGUGUAUGAGACAAAUGACUGGUGCGAAGGAGGGAAAAACCACAGUGACGUUCAUGGGUGUGGAUAUAUUAGGACUCCACUGACCACCCAGACAAGCAGAGCAGAUGAGCCAGAACUAAUGAUCUUCAACUAUGAAGGAAGAAAAAUGGGAGAAAUUGGAGAUCCAGCAUGAUCUGGGGACCUGAAACUGAAAUGUUGGUUUUAUGGUUGCAUUUAAAGCUGUGGUAUGUAACUUUAAGUUUAGACAAAUGGCUGGUGCUCCUAAUAGACUCAGAGUGUUCCAAGCAGCAUUCUGCACACUAAACAGGAUGCCUGAAUAGUUGAGGUAACCAGUUUUAGUAGUAUUUGGUUUGAGACCGAUCUAUUAUUUUGAGUUUUGCUUCAGUUCUGAGGCUACAUCAACAGCGAUUCACGCCCCACUUUUAAAGACAUAAAGUAGUCAAGUAGCCAUUGCAGUGCUGUUAUGUAGUCAUGUCUUAACUUUUAGCCAUACCUUGGGUUUAAUUCAAAUCUGACAUAUACAAUUAUAAACAUUUUUUGACGUUGUUGUCUGUGCCUCGUUGUCAGAUAGCAAACUUGUCACCCAUAUAUUGUAAAACUAAGCAACAAUUUUAGUGUUUUUUAUAUUGAAUUUACUUUGUGGCAUCAAAGGACCAGCCCUUAGGGGUGAACACAACACAAACCAGUUCUGUCGUUGGUCAUAAUGUGAAUUUAUAUCAGAUUCCAUCAGAUUUAAAGAUUUAAACGGUCUUAUCGCUUUUUAAAUGCUUUACGAUAAAUGUCAUUUGGGGUGCUCAGGUGCUGCAGCAGUAAAAACACACUAACACACCAGAGCUGAUAUCAGUUAGAAACUCGGCUCUGCCAUCCGGCAGACUGGGUGCCUACAUGAACAACAAUUGUCUGUUGUUCUAGGACGGAACCUCAUAACUGAUGCAGUUACGACUUCUGCUGGCUGCUUGAUGCCGUCUGCACAGAGACGAGGGAAAAUGCGUUGAUCAGGCUGUGGCUCUCCGUGCACAAAGCUAUAUAAACUCGCCUCGUGCAGGUUAAAAGAUGUAGGCGGCUACUGCACACGUGUCGGAGGGGGCGUGUGUCAGUCUCGGCUCUCCUUAACCAGGGUGGAGAUCAACAUCAGUAGAGGAUACGCUAAAAGUCUGGAGAAAAAGGGGAGAAAAUGCAUAAACAAAAUAAUAACAAAUAAAAUAAAUGUAUGGUUAAAAGCAUAAUGCUAAUGCUACAGAUUUGACAGUUUUAGCAAGCAAAAGUUACAUACUGCAGCUUUAAUCCUUGGAGUAUUAAAGGCCCAUGCGACAUGUUUGUUUUUUAUCUGCUAUUUUAACUAACAUUCUGUAAGUAAGCAGGGUGUAGCUUUACUCGGUGACAUGGAUCCGUUCCAAAUCUGAUACUGGCAAAGGAUUUGUAUUGGAUUAGAUAUGACAUUUCCUGUCCAACCCCAUCGAUGGAUUUCAUUGCUGUGAAUGCCUGUAAUUAUAAUUUGCACAACGUGGAUCAUCAAUAUAACCUAGGGAUGGGCAUUUCGUUCUUUUCGAUGGAUCAAGUACUGGAAUACUUGGCUGUACACUGAUGAGCCAAAACGACUCUGACCCACCAAGACACUGACCCCACACGACAUCUGAACUAGUCCGGUUGUAUCUGGUACCAGGACAUUUCCAGCAGUCUGUGGAUUGUCCUACAGUGCCAAAUCGUCCGUGAGUGCGUGCCCACUAUGGGUGCAGUUUGACUGGCCUGAGACUACACAGCCACAUACACGGAAGGAUUUGAUGCACUGUGCCGUGACACAUUCACCUCAUUAAAAUGAUCUGCAAUUUGAGCCACAGUAGCCUUUCUUUGGUCCGUAUCAGAUGCCAUAGCCUUCAUGUCCUCUGGCAUUGCCGAGUCUUGGCCAGCCAACAACCUUAGAAGACUUACAGUGGCUACUCACCAUAGCUGCCUGUCAGAUACUUCAACCUAGUCUUCUGGUUAUAAUGAUUUGGCCCUUAUUAAAUCAACUCUGGUGUUUAGUCUGCUGCAUUCCACACGUGAACUACAUGAUAUGCAAUGUCAUUUUUGGGGUGUGGUUCUAAUGUUUUGGCUCAUCAGUGCAUUUUGUGGAUACAAAAAUAAGUUCCUUUCGUGUGUCCCGGCAUUUAAACUGGCAGAUGUCAAAGUGGUGUUUUGCUAGAAGCUGGUUGAGAAGUAAAUCUAAGGCAUGUCUUUUAUGAGUGGAAUUGUACCAGGUCCACAGGUCACAGGCCCAUUUUUUACUUUCUUUUUUAUACUAUUGAAAAGUUGAUUUCUAAUCUAGUGUGGACAUCUGCACUUCAGACAAUGCACAGAUGUUCAUUCAACUUUACAGCAUUUAGCAGACGCUUUUAUCCAACGCGACUUCCAGUUGCAAAACACAAAUAUGGACGUUUGUAGUAAUUGGAAACUAAGUCACAUGACAUCACUGCUGCAUUUUAGUUUCCUUUUUUAGAUUAAAGUUUAGUGUGUGCAUGUAACCUGCCUCUGUUAAGUAAAUGGACAGUGGAAUUGUAGGCAUUUUAUAUGGGUAAGGGAUAAUCUGUUAUCCGCUAGCACACCAGCACCGAGAUUCUGAGCUCACAAGUUCGAAUCUCGGCUCUGCUACCAGUCGGCUGGACACCAUCUAGCAGGCACAGUUAGCUAAUGCCUGCAGCAGACAAAAUUGACCUCCAGUCUGCUGAUUAGGAAAGACCAGACUAAGGUGUGGGAUUAUUAACGCUGUGUAAGGGACACUCUGUAUAAGGGCCUUGGUUUCCUGGGCGCCUGUACAGAAAGUGGAGGAGUGCAGAGUGCCGCCCUCACGCACAGAUCCACCGAAGUAUGGGAGAAUAAGAAGGGAUUGGUGAACUGUGCACACGUUAGAGGAAGUGUGUGUCAGGCGAAUAUACACCCACCUUGGAUGCCGUUUGGGGUCCCCAGCUAUGCUAAAUUGGUAGAAAAAAACACUAUUAGGGGCUUCCAGUUAUGACUGUUUUUAAUCCAAGCAUUGAGGAUUACGGACCUAGCAAACUAGCAGAGAUUGGUCUUGAACCAGCGACUUUACAAUUACCAGUCCAGUACCUUAACUGCUGAGCUACAGAUGUCUAUGUUUAUUACAUGUACAGAUUUUAUCUACCAUUGCAAUUUUUACCUAUCAGUCUACACUUAAUAACCCAUAUUAACAAAGCGAAAUAUUCAAUAUGGUAUUCAAUGUUUGUGAUGUGCCAUUUUUAGGUCUCUCCACAGAUGUUUAAUGGGUUUUAACUCUGGGCUUCGAUGGACCACUGAAGGACAUGCAGAGAAUGCAUCUAAACCACUCCACAGUUGGGUCAUUGUCAGAUUAAAAAGUGAAUUGUUGCUCUAGUCUAAAAGUUUAUGAGCUCUGAAGGAGGUUUUCAUCUGUCCCUCAAUUGUUAUCAGUAUUUUAGUCCCUGUUUCUGAGAAAGCCCCCCUUAUAGCAUGAUUCUGCCACCACUACUUUCACCGUAGGAAUUGUAUUAGCAGGGUGAUAAGUAGUGCCCUGUUUUCACUAGACAUUGUGCUUGCUGUUCUGUCCAAAGAGAACUGUUUUUGUUCCCAGAGUCCUACAAGUGGUUAUAUGCCUUAUACUCAACAGUGGCUUGUGUUGGCUUUCUGUUUGCUAUCAAAACCUGAUUUAUGGAUGGCUGCAGAGCCACUUGUCUAUCUUACAGAUUCUCUGUUGAAUAUUUGUCCAUCUCUGCAUAGGACUUCUGGAGCUCUUCUAAUGUGAGCUUUCUUACCUGCAAUACCAAGACUCAUCUAGUCAUUCAGUUGACUCUUCAAUUUUAGGAAGAUUCCAGGUUCUAAUCUUCUAUUUCAGAUGAAUUGGCACCAAUGUGGUAUUUUAUGUGUGCUGUUUUUAUAGCCUUGAUUCCUGCCUUGCUCAAGUUUGAUUCUAAAGAUCCGUAGACAGUUCUUGGACAUGGCUUGGUUUUUGUCCUGACAAGGCAUUGUAAAUUGUCAGCCCUUGUAUACCCAGGCGAGUGCCUUUUCAAACUGUGUCCAGUCAUUUCAAAUUACAGGUGGAGUCCACUUGUGUUCUAGACACAUCUCAAGGAUGUGAUACAUUCUAAAAAACAUUCUUACUUCAUUAUUAUGGGAAAUCAAAUGUAAAUUGAUGGGUAAAAAUGGCAAUCAAAAUCAAAUCCACAAUAUAAAGAGGUGCACAAAAAGUCAAGGGAUCUGAAUGCUUUUUGAUUUCACAGUGUCAUAAUUACUAACCCAAUGUAAAACAAAACAUAAAUUAUACGAGGGAUCUUCAAAAAGUUUCCGCACUUUUAUAUUUUCAUUGGAACCAGUGAGGGUGGGAGGAGCAGUAAUUGGUCCUGUCUGAGAGACUCGAAGAGAGCUUAUUAUAGUCUGGAUUUAGCGUCAUCUGAUGUCCACGUUAUUGGACGCUCAAAGAAGCUUUAAAGGGAAGAAGAUUUUCAUGUGAUGAUGUGAGAGCAGCAGUGCAUUAGUAGCUACACACUUAACCAAAAACAUGUUUUGGUAAUGGCACGAUGCUGGGAAAAAUGCAUCGGAAGGUGACUAUGUAGAGUGAUGUAAUUUGUUUUUAAAAGUGCGGAAACUUUUUGAAGAACUCUCGUACUUCACUCCAUAUGACCGAUCAACAGCACAAGUAAUCAAGUACUUGAAGUACACAUGCCCAUCCCUAAUAUAAACUAGGAACCAAAAAGCUUUUGCUUUCCUUAGUUCUCAGAAAAAAGUUGAGCAAACCUCUUUGUUCCCUGAUUGUUAUGUUGUGUUAAAUAAUGAUGUUGCUUUUUCCUCAUUCAUUUAGUAUGUAGUUUUUCUACUGAUGUUUUUAUUUACACAUCAUUAGUGGUUCUGUUGCCUCAAUCACUGCCAUUCGUGCCUUUUUUUUAUCAGUUUGCUUUAGCGCAGGCGCAUAAGCGCUGAGUUUGUGAGCCCACUUGUGUUUUGCACUGUUAUUGUCACAUGACAUCUCACUGCUGCAUUGUAUUUUUCUUUUGUUGUGUAGUGUGUGCAUGUAACCUGCUUCUAUUACUUAAAUGGACAGUGGAAUUA